AUGAGCAGUAACAUCGUCCCCAUAACCAAUAAGGUCAAGGUAAACCUUAUCAGCUACUUGGAAAAGGCCAAGCGACAGCAUAUCGACAACUGUAGUUGGACUGUCAACUGGCAUUACGCUCACGGAGAAGGACGUGGCAAUAGCACGAAGGCGAAUAAAUUCCCAACCUCCAUCGCCUACCGUCAAACGAGCGAUGGUGAACAUCAAACCCACCUCGCCAUCGAGGUUGAUGGAAUUCACCAUUUCCUCACCGCAGACAAGCGGGGGGAAAGCAUAACUACUGAGAUGUGUUGGGGCAAAGAGGCGCCAUUGAUGAAGGAUGUACUCGGGGCCUAUCAGACACAGUGGGGCAUCCUCGGCGACAAGACUCGGUCCGAGGAGGAGGCCGAGUAG